UCAAAAGAUUAACAUCAAGAAAAUUAAAAAGUUCUACCAGAAACGGCACACAUUAGGACAGAAUGAAAGUUAGCUUGAAGAGCCAUUGGGUAGUGAAGCCAGCAGAGCCAACGUGGAAUGGCACUGUCUCCUUAUCAGAAUUUGAUCAAACAUUUGCUGUAACUCACGUACCAACCAUCUAUUACUACAAAUUUUGCCAGGAUUUUGUUACACGUGACAUCAUCAAGACCCUCAAGACCUCAUUGAGCAAAGCACUAGUACACUUCUAUCCACUGGCUGGCCGUUUGCGAUGGAUCAGUGGGUCCCGGCUCGAGCUUGAGUGUGAUGCCUCAGGAGUUGUUCUCACGGAAGCUGAAACCGCAGCCAGGCUAGAUGAUCUCAGUGAUUUCUUGCUAUCACCUGAUCAUAAUGGCUUAUUUCCCCGUGUAGAUUACACUAUACCAAUUGAUGAACUCCCUUUGUUGUUUGUGCAGCUCACUAAGUUCCAGUGUGGCGGCAUUGCUCUCAGUUUUGCAGUUUCACACGCUGUUGUUGAUGGCCAAAGUGCUCUCUAUUUCUUCUCUGAAUGGGCUAGGCUUUCUCGCGGAGAGCCAUUGAUGUUUGCUCCUUGUCAUGAUCGAAAAGUUCUCCAUGCGGGGGAACCUGCAACUGCAUCUCCAACUUUCGAGCAUUUACAGUUUAAUCCUCCUCCACUUUUGAUUGGCAAGUCCAACACUGAAAACGAGAAUAAAAACGAAACGAAAGGCUCCAUGCUAAAACUUACUAAAAUUCAAGUAGAAAUGUUGAGAGAAAAAGUGAACCAAGGAAGAAACUUAGAGGACAGUAAACAGCGUAGUUACACACGCUACGAAGUUGUGACUGCACAUAUAUGGAGAUGUACAUGCAAGGCAAGAGGCCAUAAAUUUGAGCAGCCUACUAAUUUAUGCAUUUGUGUUGACAUACGCAAAAGAAUGCAACCACCUUUGCCUAAAUCCUACUUUGGCAAUGCCAUUGUUGAUGUUGUUGCCACCGGGCUCUCGGGCGACAUAGCCUCGAGCCCAUUGGAGUAUGUUGCUAGAAGGGUUAGGGAAGCCAUUCAAAUGGUGACAAGUGAUUAUGCAAACUCAACGAUUAAUUUCAUGAAAAAACAGGAGGAUUUGUCAAAAUAUCAAGAUAUUCAUGCAUUUAAAAACAAGGAGGGUGCUUUCUACGGAAACCCUAAUCUUGGAGUGAUAAGUUGGAUAAAUUUGCCACUAUUGGGGUUGGAUUUUGGGUGGGGCAAAGAGAUCCACAUGAACCCAGGAAUUCAUGAAUUUGAUGGUGACUGUGUAAUACUCCCAGCGAAUGAAGGGGAUGGAUCUUUGACUGUUGCAAUUGUUCUUCAAGAUGCUCAUGUGGAUGCUUUCAAGCAAUUCUUCUAUGAAGACAUCUAAUAUUGAAAUAAAUAAAUAAAGCAACAUGAGAAGAAGGAAACAAAUUAAGAACUUGUAACUUUGCUUGUACUAGCACUAUUACCCGUAUAUAGCCAAGUACAAUAAGAUCUCUAAUUUUCUCCAUAAUUAGAGUAACAAAACACCUUGCAAUAAACCUUCUAAAUUUUAAAUGUUACUGUAGAACUUUUUUAUUUA